CAUCUUAUUCUAUACUCGAGCGCAUCGAGCGCGUUUGCCUGAUUUGCUAACACUCCGCAAAACACACUGUUUUUUUUUAUUCUAGAAUAUUUUUUUUUCUAUUAAAAUCCAAAGUUAUUUUGUAUGUCAUCACCACGACUUCGAUAUUUAAUAUAAAAGUGCAAUAAUAAUUAUGGGCCGGUUUAGAAGCCGCAGCCGAGAUCGUGACCGACGUCGCCGAUCUAGAAGUCGUUCGAGAAGCCGAUCACCUCGUGACAGACGUGGUUGGGGAAAUGGCGGUGUGCGAGAUCGAGGUGGGAACAAUCGAGGAGGUCGUAAUCAACCAGGAGCUAGUCUUAGAAAACCACGAUGGGACUUAGGCCGUCUCGAGCCAUUCAAAAAAGAUUUUUAUGUACCUAGUGACACUGUAUUAAAUCGUGAUCCUCGUAACAUUGAACAGUACAGAAGUGAAAAGGAAAUUACACUCCGAGGUAAAAAUAUUCCAAACCCAGUGUUUAGUUUUGAAGAGGCCGGAUUUCCUGAUUACGUUAUGAAAGAAAUAAAACGCCAGGGGUUCAAAGAUCCCACAUCAAUUCAAGCACAAGGAUGGCCAAUUGCGCUCAGUGGACGUGACAUGGUUGGAAUAGCGUCAACUGGUUCCGGUAAAACUUUGUCGUACAUCCUACCGGCAAUUGUUCAUAUCAACAGCCAGCCGAAACUCCUCCGUAAAGAUGGACCCAUUGCCUUGGUGCUGGCACCGACUCGCGAACUUGCUCAACAAAUUCAACAGGUCGCGGAUGACUUUGGUCAUACGUCUGGUAUCCGGAACACGUGUUUAUACGGAGGCGCUCCGAAAAGUUCACAGGCUCGAGAUCUGGACAGUGGAGUGGAGAUCGUAAUCGCCACCCCUGGGCGGCUGCUCGACUUCCUCGAGUCGGGUCGGACGAAUCUGAAGAGGUGUACAUAUUUAGUGCUGGACGAGGCUGAUCGUAUGCUGGACAUGGGCUUUGAACCUCAAAUAAGAAAAAUAAUCGAACAAAUUAGACCCGAUAGACAGACACUCAUGUGGUCCGCCACGUGGCCGAAAGAAGUUAAAAAUCUAGCGGAAGAUUUUCUUAAGGACUACGCGCAGAUUAAUGUUGGGUCCUUGCAAUUGUCUGCUAAUCACAAUAUUCUACAAAUAAUUGACGUUUGUCAGGACUAUGAAAAAGAAACUAAACUAAGUACGCUGUUGAAGGAAAUAAUGGCUGAGAAUGAAAACAAAACAAUUGUGUUCAUUGAAACAAAACGUAGAGUAGAUGAAAUAACGCGGAAAAUGAAACGUGAUGGGUGGCCAGCUGUGUGCAUUCAUGGCGACAAAACUCAGCAAGAACGUGAUUGGGUUUUACAAGAUUUUCGAACUGGUAAGGCCCCGAUUCUUGUAGCAACUGACGUAGCAGCUCGCGGACUUGACGUUGAAGACGUUAAGUUUGUUAUAAACUUUGACUAUCCAUCGUGUUCUGAAGAUUAUGUGCAUCGUAUCGGUCGUACCGGUCGCCGUCAAAAAACCGGAACGGCCUACACAUUUUUUACGCCCAAUAAUUCAAAUAAAGCUAAUGACCUAAUACAAGUAUUAAAAGAGGCUAAUCAGGUUAUUAAUCCAAAGCUACUAGAGCUAGUGGACAGUCGGGCUGGGAUGUUUGGACGACAGAAAGUCGGAUUUAACGCAGGUGGUAGAAACCGAUGGCGAGCACGUGGCCCUCGGACUGGAAAGGAUCGAAGCUACUCAAGGAGUCGCAGUCGUAGUCGCAGUCGCAGCCGCAGCCGUAGCCGCAGUCGUAGUUUCAGCAAAGAACGAAGCAACGGACGAGGCAGAAGAAGCUACAGCCGAAGUUAUUCCAGAAGCCGAAGUCCUGUGAAUAACCGCUCAGGCAAGUCGUCGGCCAGUCCAACGGGUGAGGACACUUUUACGACUCGGACUAUGACAAUAAAACCUACUCCGCUUCAUUCCGCACCGCCUCCUCUUCCUCCUCUUCCGCCACCUCUUCCUACAACCUUACCACCAAUCACUGUCUUGCCACCUCUGCCUUCUGAACCGGAAGAACGGUCAUCGGGAAGCACGAUACUUCAUCAUCAUCGGCAAAGUCCGAUGGUGCCCCAUCUACUUCGAACGGGAUCAGCGAGCCUGCCGGGGCCAACCGUGGCCUCAAACUUUCAUCAACGUCACGGUGAGGACGGAUCCUCACCGAACGUGAAUAUUAUCACGACGAUGCCACCGCUACCCGGUCCCGGCGGCGGCAGCCUGGGGGUUAGCUACCCUAAUGGGAUACCAUCCUUGCCGUACUAUCAGCUGCCCCCGCAGCAGCCCAUGCACUCCACCAAUGGCUUUCACCGCUAGCGGCCGAACUUCCGCUCUGCCGAAGAAGUCAUUGGCAAGAGUUACUGGAGCAGCGAGAGGUGAUCAAUAUCAAAAGAAUCUCAGCAUUAAUUAACGUGAAGACUUAGGACUGCGCUAAUUGAUUCGCGUUAAUUAUCUUUCUGCGACAACAUCAGCACAAUAAUAUUUUUUAUUUGAAAUUAUACAAGUCGAUUAACUUUAAUUGUCAGUUUGAUGUCGUGUAUUUUAUUUAAUGAUUAUUGACAUUUUUAUAACAAAUCUUUGAAAUUUUAUUAUAAGUUUUUUUUUAAUUAUCAAUUUUAUUUCAUUGAAAUAAUUAAUUUGAUGAAAAAAAAAUGAUUUUAAUACUUUUAUUUUACUCGACAUAUUUUUACGAAUGUAUUAUUUUAAUAAAUUAAUUUAGCUUCUAAUUAUUAUUCAUUCCUGUGUAUUUAGAUACUUAAAAAAAAUGACGAUAAUAAUAAUAAUAAA